AAAUGAUUGUGAGUAGUGUCAUGUUUUUAGUUUUGGCAUCAUAGAUGACGUCAUAGCAAGAAUUUGAGGGCGGUAACAGGAAUAGAAUAGGUUAAGGAGGCUGAGAGAUAGGCAGAAAGCAACCAUGGAGUUAAAGAGGCUUUACUAUCAAGGAAACAGAAAUAUGGAGAGGUGUCUAGGUACAAGUGUGAAGUUAAAGCAAAGAUUUUUCUAAAAGAUUAUUCUGAGCGUGUGCAUGGUAUAAACAAAAAGAGUUUAUACUGUAUAGACUCCUUGGUAACUUCUGUUUUACACCCAAUGAUAUAACAUGGCUGCCAGUUACACUGAUGUUUCUUAAUUUGUCGAACUCCCUUAUUGGAGGACGUGGUGGGUUUUUGUCUUUAUCCUCUUUUCUUUUGCUUAGGUUAGCUCCUAAUUACUGUGCUUACGUCAGUGGAUUUGGGACCAGCAGUUGCUUUACAGGAAUGUGCUGCUUGGGGCUACUGUUCCCGCAGACAAAGACGUCUUCGAAAAACACUCAAUUUUAAGAUGGGGAACAGACAUAAGUUCACCGGGAAAAAAGUAACCGAAGAUCUUCUCACUGAUAAUAGAUAUUUGCUGCUGGUUCUGAUGGAUGCUGAAAGGGCCUGGAGCUACGCCAUGCAGCUCAAACAGGAAGCCAACACUGAACCUCGAAAACGGUUUCACUUGCUAUCUCGCCUUCGCAAAGCUGUGAAGCAUGCAGAAGAAUUGGAACGCUUGUGUGAGAGCAAUCGUGUGGAUGCCAAGACCAAGUUAGAGGCUCAGGCUUACACGGCUUACCUCUCAGGAAUGCUGCGCUUUGAACAUCAAGAGUGGAAAGCUGCCAUUGAGGCUUUUAACAAAUGCAAAACUAUCUAUGAGAAGCUUGCCAGUGCUUUCACAGAGGAGCAGGCUGUUCUGUAUAACCAGCGUGUGGAAGAGAUCUCACCCAACAUCCGCUACUGUGCAUAUAAUAUUGGGGACCAGUCAGCUAUCAAUGAACUCAUGCAGAUGAGAUUGAGAUCUGGGGGUACCGAGGGUCUCCUUGCUGAAAAACUGGAGGCCUUGAUCACUCAGACUCGAGCCAAGCAGGCAGCCACCAUGAGUGAAGUGGAAUGGAGAGGGCGAACCGUGCCAGUGAAGAUCGACAAAGUGAGGAUCUUCUUAUUGGGAUUGGCUGAUAACGAAGCAGCCAUUGCCCAGGCUGAAAGCGAAGAAACCAAGGAGCGCCUGUUUGAAUCCAUGCUCAGCGAGUGUCGGGAUGCCAUCCAGGCUGUUCGGGAAGAGCUCAAACCUGAUCAGAAACAGAGAGAUUUCACCCUUGAAGGGGAGUCAGGGAAGGUAUCUAAUCUCCAAUACCUGCACAGCUACCUGACCUACAUCAAGCUUUCAACGGCAAUCAGGCGUAAUGAGAACAUGGCUAAAGGCUUGCAGAAGGCUCUGCUGCAGCAGCAGCCAGAAGAUGACAGCAAGCGCACUCCUCGACCCCAGGACCUGAUUCGGCUCUAUGACAUCAUUCUGCAGAAUCUGGUGGAAUUGCUGCAGCUCCCUGGCUUAGAAGAGGACAGAGCUUUCCAAAAAGAAAUAGGCCUCAAGACCCUGGUGUUCAAAGCUUACAGGUGUUUUUUCAUUGCUCAGUCCUACGUGUUGGUAAAGAAGUGGAGUGAAGCCCUUGUCCUAUACGAUAGAGUCCUGAAAUAUGCAAAUGAAGUAAAUUCUGAUGCUGGAGCCUUCAAGAACAGCCUGCAGGACCUGCCUGACGUGCAAGACCUCAUCACUCAAGUGCGGUCAGAGAAGUGCUCACUGCAGGCUGCAGCCAUCCUGGAUGCAAAUGACUCUCAUCAAACAGAGAGUUCCUCCCAAGUCAAGGACUCUAAGCCUCUGGUCGAACGGUUUGAGACCUUCUGCCUGGACCCCUCCCUGGUCACCAAGCAAGCCAACCUUGUGCACUUCCCACCAGGAUUCCAGCCCAUCCCUUGCAAGCCUUUGUUCUUCGACCUGGCCCUUAAUCAUGUGGCUUUCCCACCCCUCGAGGACAAGUUGGAGCAGAAGACCAAGAGUGGUCUCACCGGAUACAUCAAGGGCAUCUUUGGAUUCAGGAGCUAACCAGGCUCUUCCUGGGGGCAGGGGAGAUUCUGACUCUUCAUCUAUAUUGUGAGAAUAUCCCAGCAAGUUCCGUGACAUUAAAUCCAGGUCUGCAUUGGCCCAGGGCAGAGCUCAGCACCCUCAGCCCUGGGUCCCUACAUCUCAUGUGUUUGUGCACUUACAUUCUUAACCCAUGUGUGGAAAGAGCACCCUGUUGUUUUCUGGGCCCUAUGUCAGGGUCAUUCUGUUUCCUGUACCUCCCAGGGACCACUGCUGUCUGGGCAUGAGCUGGGAUUACCUUUGGUCUGUAAUGUGUUCAGGGGUUCCACAUCAGGCUUAGGGUGGGGCUUAGAAUGUUUGUCAUGUGUCCUCAGUACCAUGGAUUUGAAAUGAACUCUUCCUUGCUAUGAGCGUCCAGAAUCCCUUGAAGUUUAUCCACGGCUAUGAAACAUUGGCACUGUUACCCCAGAGUUGCAGUCAGCCUUAUCCCCAUCACCUCCAGGUGAACGUUAAGUUUCAGAACAAGCAGAGAGCUCUAUUUUUAGAAGAAAUAUGUUACACUCAGAAAUGAUGAAACCAAAUCUUAUAUUAAAAGGUAAAGAUGAUGGA